CCCAUUCAGUUACCAUCAAGCUUCCGCAUUACUUGACUAUGACAUUAGCCACACCCGCCGCAGACUCGGCCAAAGCCUCCUCGUCUUGUAGCGGCAUUGGGGGCGACUGAGGCUCUAUUGCCAGGCACUCUCUGCCCUGUGGUCUGGAGAGUUUCCCCAGGACGACAUGCGCCCCGGAAGCGGAACGUCCACCAAAGCACCACUACCUCAAACGCACCGGGAACGUGGGAGAUGGAUCAAAGUGGACAACAGCAGGGUGGCGGUGCUGCAGGAAACCAGGUCUCUCGCUCAGCUGGCCUGGCACUGACUGAUUUUCUUAUGCAGCUGGAGGAAUAUAACCCAACGAUUCCUGAUGCAGUAACAGCCUACUAUCUCAACUCCUCUGGUUUUGAUACUGCUGAUGGCCGACUGGUACGCCUCAUCUCUUUGGCUGCUCAGAAGUUUGUAUCAGACAUUGCCAAUGAUGCACUGCAACACUGCAAGAUGCGUGGUGCCCAGCAGAGCAGCAGCAAGAUCAAGGGGAAGGACAAGAGGUUCACACUGACCAUGGAAGACCUCACUCCUGUCCUGGCAGAAUAUGGAAUCACUGUGAAGAAACCACAUUAUUAUAUCUAGUGUGUGUGUGUGUGUGUGUUUGUGUGUGUGUUGAUGUAGUUCCUCUGUUCUCAUCUUUUACUGCUAUUGGCAUAUGUGAUGUGUAGUUCAUUAUUUUAUACUGGAGUGUAACAAACAUCCUUAUAUGAAUAAAGGUUAAAUUUAUAUAUCUA